AUGCCUGCAAACGUAACAGGACUCGAGGGCACUGCAUCCAAUAUCACAUCUCUAGAUCAAUGUACGGUCGAAUUAUGCUCACUCGACCACGCCAUCCUCAGAUAUGUUCCCAAUUUUGGAGCUAAUAUCGCAUUUGGAAGCAUUUUCAUUACUCUUCUCAUAGCGCAGGUUAUCUUAUGGUUUCGCUCGCGAACACACAGCUACACGAUCUCCAUGUUCUGUGGCUUGAUCUUAGAAAUCGUUGGAUAUGCGUUCAGAAUAGUGAUGAGGAAACAUAUGUUUGAUGAUUGGCCGUUCCUCGUUCAAAUCAUCUCUAUCACAAUCGCACCAGUAUUCUUCACAGCAGCAUUACACCUCACUCUCCCCCGAGUACUCGUCCACUUCGGCGUCCACAAUUCCCGCAUCUCACCUAAAGCCUACACCAUAUGCUUCAUCGCUGCCGAUGUCCUCGCCUUAGUCCUUCAAUCUGCAGGCGGUGCUCUAGCCGAAACAGCCAACGAUCGAGCUACGUCUAAGACUGGAACCACCGUCAUGGUUGGAGGGUUAGCUUUCCAAGUUGCCAGCCUGGUUGUGUUUAUUGCUCUUGCUGCUGAGUUCUUCUGGAGAGUGAAGGCAGAUAGAAAACACAUCCGCGCAACGAACUGGGCGUAUGGCAUGCCUGAGAAACCAGCAGGUGACAUUGAUGGGCUGAAGACUUUCUUAUAUGCAUUCAGCAUCGCAACCCUCCUAAUCCUCACACGAUCCUGUUUCCGCGUCGCAGAACUCGUCAACGGCUUUCGUUCCAGACUCGCUAAUAACGAAGUACUAUUUAUGACCCUCGAAGGUGGGAUGAUCAUCCUCGCGACGCUGAUCCUUACCGUCUUUCAUCCAGGGAGAUAUUUCGGACGGGAGAUGUGGGAGGAGGAUGGGUGGGGAGGAGAUCUACGAAAUGGGAGAAGUAGUCCGGAGCUUUGGAAAGUGGAGAGUGCUGGAAGUAGUGUGCAUGCGUCAUAUGAGAAUGUUGGUCGGCCUUGGCCGCUUCGGCUGUAA